AUGUGUGAACAUUUUGUACUCUCAAAAUUUCCACUGCAAGGAGAAUUUUUAAUCUAUGCUUACGAAUCGUUAGAAGAACCUGAAAAUAUAACAGAUGAGAUGUUGCAGCAGGCUUAUUGCUUAGCCUGUGUCUCAGAAACGUUUCAGUCCUAUUAUUUGAUACAGGAUGAUGUGUAUGAUAACAGUAAAAUGCGCUCAGGAGUAUCCAGCUGGCACUUGCAGCCUUAUGCUAGUGCUAUGGCGAUGAACGACACGUGUAUUUUGCGAAGUUUCGUCAGUGAAAUCCUGAGACAAAAUAUUAAGGAAACGUUUUAUACGAAAGUUAUAGACACUUUUAAUGAGAUGUAUCUCGUAAUGGAGAUGGGGCAAGUUCUAGAUUUAUACUUUGCACAAUCAAAAAGCUAUGACGAUUUCACAAUGGAAAAUUAUGAUAAGAUGAGUUACAUGAAAGCUUCAUAUUAUUGCAUGAACUCACCGAUUUUAUUUGCAUUAAUAUUAUGCAAUAAGGCGAACGAAGAAUCUUAUAAGCUUGUGCUUGAUUUGUUCAAUGACCUUGGCGUUUUCAUUCAGAUACACAAUGACUUUACGGAGUGUUUCGACGUCGGUGAGUCAAUGAGUAAAAAAUCCACUAACGACAUUGAAAAUAAUAAACUAUCGUGGACGGCUGUAGUCGCAUUACAGCACUUCAAUACCGAGCAAAGAAAUAUUUUUAACGAAUGUUAUGGAAUCCCAAAUCCAGAAAAAAUUAAGCGAAUUAUACAACUGUACGAAGAAGUAAAUUUGCGGCAGCUGUUUAAAGAAGAGGAGAAUGCUCGCUAUAACAAUUUUCUACGAAAAGUUCAAAAUUUACCGGCGACUGCUACACCUGCUCCAGAUUUUUUUAUGAAGAUUUUUAACUACUUUAAAAGUUACGCCAGUGAUUCGUCUAGAUUUUACUACGCUUAA